AUGGAAGCCGAAAGCGAGCGUAAGAUCACCCUCUUCGACGUCCCGCUGGACACGAGCCGUCAGAGGGUGGACGGUUUAGCGGAUGCGACGGCGACGGCGGCAGCUGUAAUGGCCGCGGCAGAGUCGACGACGAUAAACCCGUAUAACGGCCGGCCGUACACGCAGCGGUAUUUCGACAUUCUCGAGAAGCGGAAAACACUGCCGGUGUGGCAGCAGAAGCAGGAAUUUGUGGAUCUGUUGAAGAAGCAGCAGAUCAUCGUGCUCGUGGGCGAGACGGGUAGCGGGAAAACCACGCAGCAGCAGAUCAUCGUGCUCGUGGGCGAGACGGGUAGCGGGAAAACCACGCAGCAGCAGAUCAUCGUGCUCGUGGGCGAGACGGGUAUCGGGAAAACCACGCAGCAGCAGAUCAUCGUGCUCGUGGGCGAGACGGGUAGCGGGAAAACCACGCAGAUUCCGCAAUUCGUGGUGGAGUGCCUGAACGCGAUGAACAAGAAGCAGGUGGCGUGCACGCAGCCGCGGCGGGUGGCGGCAAUGUCGGUGUCGCGGCGAGUGGCGGACGAGAUGGAUGUGACCAUCGGCGAGGAGGUGGGCUACUCCAUCCGAUUCGAGGACUGCAGCGGGCCCAAAACCAGCCUCAACCCUCGCAACUCGAGCCAAGUACUUGAGUGGCGGCAAGCUUCUGGGAGAGGCCAUGGCGGACCCCUCACUAGAGCGGCACAAGCCGAUCAUUUUCUUCCUUUUCUUCCUUUUCUUCUUCAUUUUCUUACUGUCCGAGCCAGGUUUCUGACCGAUGGCAAGCUUUUGAGGGAGGCCAUGGCGGACCCUUUGCUUGAGAGGUACAAGGCGAUCAUUCUGGACGAGGCACACGAGCGCACGCUGGCGACGGACGUGCUGUUUGGGCUGCUCAAGGCGGUGCUGGAGCACCGAAAAGAUUUGAAGCUGGUGGUCAUGAGCGCCACUCUCGAGGCCGACAAGUUCCAAGGCUACUUCCGAGGCGCUCCCCUCAUGAAGGUCCCUGGACGGCUGGACCCUGUCGAGAUUUUUUACACGCAGGUGGGGUGGGUAGGGGGGAUUGGGAAGUGGAGGGGGGAACGGAGGAAGGGGGGGGAUGCGUUUGGAAAGGAGAGGGAGCCAGAGCGGGACUAUCUAGAGGCGGCCAUUCGCACAGUGGUGCAGAUCCACAUGUGUGAGCCGCCGGGGGACAUUCUCGUGUUUCUCACGGGGGAGGAGGAGAUCGAGGACGCCUGCAAGAAGAUCGCCCGUGAAAUUCGUUGUAUGGGGGGCCAAGCUGGCCCGGUGAUGGUUGUCCCGCUCUACUCCUCUCUGCCACCUGUCAUGCAACAGAAAAGUUUUCAUCCCGCCCCGCCUCCCGUGAAAGAAGGCGGGCCGCCCGGGCGAAAAAUCGUGGUCGCGACAAACAUUGCUGAAACUUCCCUCUCAAUUGACAGUGUAGUCUAUCCUCAGCGCACCAGCGGGCGGGUCGGGCCGGCCGAACGCAGCUGCUUCCGGCUCUACACCGAACGCUCGUUCCAAAAGGACCUCCAGGAGAAGACCUACCCGGAGAUCCUCCGAUCGAACCUCGCAAAUGUCGUUCUAACUUUGAAAAAGCUCGGUGUAGACGAUCUAGUGGAUUUUCAGUUUAUGGACCCACCGGCCCCGGAAAGCCUGAUGCGAGCGCUGGAGUUGUUGAACUACCUGGGGGCGCUGGACGAUGAGGGGAAUCUGACCAAGCUGGGGGAGUUGAUGGCCAAGUUUCCACUGGAACCGCAUUUGUCUAAGAUGGUCGUGGUGUCCCCGGAUUACAACUGCUCCAAUGAGAUCCUCUCAAUUGCGGCUAUGCUCUCAGUGCCCAACUGCUUCAUUCGCCCGCGGGAGGCACAGAAGCAGGCGGACGAGGCCAAGGCACGCUUCUCCCAUGAGGAUGGCGACCACCUCACGCUGCUCAACGUCUUCCACGCCUACAAGCAGAACGGCGAAGAUCCCAGCUGGUGGUAUGAUCGUUUCUUGAACACCCGGGCACUGGGAAUGGCGGACAACGUGCGCAACCAGCUGGUGUGCAUCAUGAUGCGCUACGGGCUUAAGAUAUUGCUCUUGCACCCGUCCACAGGGCUGUUGCACCCGUCCACAGGGCUGUUGCACCCGUCCACAGGGCUGUUGCACCCGUCCACAGGGCUGUUGCACCCGUCCACAGGGCUGUUGCACCCGUCCACAGGGCUGUUGCACCCGUCCACAGGGCUGUUGCACCCGUCCACAGGGCUGUUGCACCCGUCCACAGGGCUGUUGCACCCGUCCACAGGGCUGUUGCACCCGUCCACAGGGCUGUUGCACCCGUCCACAGGGCUGUUGCACCCGUCCACAGGGCUGUUGCACCCGUCCACAGGGCUGUUGCACCCGUCCACAGGGCUGUUGCACAACCCAGAACAAAUCGUGCAUCUGCAUCCGUCGACAGGCCUGUUACACAAGCCCAAAUGGGUGAUCUACAACGAGUUUGCAAUCAGCAGGCUGACUCGCUGCUUUCACCCUCUCAACCACUCUCAACCUCUCCCUCCUGUGCAGAUCGUGCAUCUGCACCCAUCAACAGGGCUGUCCCACAAGCCCGAGUGGGUGAUCUACAACGAGUUUGUGCUCACCACCCGGAACUUCAUCCGUGUUGUCACCGACGUCAAGGGCGACUGGCUACUGGACAUCGCCCCGCACUACUACGACUUGGCCAACUUCCCUCAGUGCGAGGCACGUCGGGUGCUUGAGCGCCAUGUGCUCGUGCGCAACGGUUUCAGGGUUGUGGCAGUUAAAAAGGAGGAUAUUGAUGCGGCAGCCAAGUCUCCAUGCCGAGUCAACAAUCUGGGUGUGCACUUGCGCAACCGAGACAGAUCCGAGGCAGCUGGAGAGAGGAUAACCAGUCCUAGCGUUCAGCCAACUUCAGCCAAUCAACCAGCGUCAAACGGUACGGUAAUAGAACCAUUCUGGUGGAGCCUGGCGAGGCUGUGGGCUCUGAUUAGAAGAGCAGUGUCGAGCUGGUUCAACACCUGA